AUGGUUGUCGGUCCGUUUGUCGAGGUCGCCGUGGUCCUCGGGCUGCUGAGUGGCGGCACGUUGCUGAACCGCGACACCAGCGUCGGUUUGUCGGAUAUGGAUGAAGACAACUUACUGACGUCCCACACACGCACGCCCUACAGCGACGAUGGCAUUGAAUCGGGCCCUGCCGAUGACAAAGGCAUCAUGAUGGGGGACGACAUCGUCCACAUCGUCCACAGCGACAAGCGCCCGCGCACGCUCUAUUUCGGCCCCUGGCGGCGCACCGUGUGGACGCCCAACACGGCGAGGUUCAGGAACCGCCUGCUGAGCCGCGUCCUACGCAAGUUUCCCUUUCUGGUCGAGGCCUGGUACUGGGCGCUCCUCUACUGGGUGUACCAGCUGGCCCGUGCCGUGUCGGCGGUGCUGCUGAUUGACGAGUCGGUGGUGCAGGCGGCGCGCCGCCACGCGCUGCAGCUGGUGCGCGUAGAGGAGGCACUGGCCAUCUUCGUGGAGCCGGCCGUGCAGCGGUUUUUCCUGCAGCGGCGCCCGGCGGUCAUGCGCGGCAUCAACCGCCUGUACGCGUUUGUGCACAUCCCGGGCACGAUUUUGUUCCUGGUGUUCUUGUACUACAUUACGACGACCCGGCCCCAGCGCCAGAUGCAGAUACAACAGGCCACGCUCCACCCGGACGUCGCCGCCCACCGCUACCGGGACCGCUACCGCCCCGACCUCUACGAGCGCCGCCGCCGCACCAUGGCUAUGUGCAACCUGGUCGCCUUUGUCCUGUUCACGGCGUGGCCGGUCAUGCCGCCGCGCCUGCUGGGCGCCGACCACCUGGCCCACAGCAGCAACGACGAGGCCGGUUACGCCUUUGUCGACACGGUGCACGCGACCGCCGACGGCGCGCAGAGCGUCUGGACCACCAACCGCUUCUGCAACCAGUACGCCGCCAUGCCGUCGCUGCACUUUGGCUACGCGUUCCUCAUCGGCCUCACCGUGGCCACCCUGCCGCUCGACGCCGGCGACACGCGCCGGGCCGCGCGCGCCCGCCGGCGCCUGCUCGCCGUGCUCGGCGGCCUCGUCUACCCAGCCCUCAUCUGGAUCGCCAUCAUUGCCACGGCCAACCACUUCAUCCUGGACGCUGUUGUGGGCGGCAUUGUGUGUCUCGCGGUGUGGCAGGUCAGUGGGCUGCUCCGCAACCUGCUGCCGCUCGAAGACUACUUUUUGAGCGCGGUCCGCAUCCACAAGCCGUCCAAGAGACCGGCGACGCACUCGAUCCGGGCGGCGGAACGGGUGGAUUAA